AUGGCUAACAAAAACGACCAGGCCUCUACAAACUACAAGGAAGCUUUCUCACUCUUCGACCGCCGCGGUACCGGCCGUGUCGCCGGCGACCUGCUCGGUGACCUCCUCCGCGCGUGUGGACAGAACCCCACGCUCGCCGAGAUCGCCGAUCUGGAAAAGUCCGUUGGACCUGAUUUCGAUUUCGAUUCCUUCCUCAAGGUCCUCAACCGUCCUGGCGGUUUCCGGGAGCCAGGCGAGCCCGAGGAAUACUGCCGCGGAUUCCAGGUAUUCGAUAAAGAUAUGACGGGUUUCAUUGGAGUUGGACAGUUGCGCUACAUCCUUACCAACCUUGGCGAGAAGAUGUCCGAUGACGAGGUCGACGAGCUGCUCAAGGCUGUCGAUACUAGCUCUGGCGAGAUCAACUAUACCGAUCUUGUGCGCACCAUCCUGGCCAACUAG